AAUUACUUCAGCUACUCUCACAAAAUAUCUUUCUGAAUAUCAUCGCAUACUUUCUUCACUGCUGUUCAAAAAUAUUAUCUCUCAAACAAGUAAUUAAGAGGUCGAUCAAAAGAUUCAGAGAAUUUGAAAGACACUGACCAGUGAAACUUACAAUCAUGGAAACUGAUGGAGAAAGAGAGAAGGAGAAAGCAAACAACUCAGAGGUGUCAUUUUCUCUUCUUCAGAAGGAUGUUGGCAGUGUUCUGGAUUUCAUGGAGAGGUUAAAGAAUGAAGGUCAAAAAGCUGUUGAUGUGAAUGAAAUUGAAAAGUUUAAAAUGGAGCUGGUAUUUAUUUGUCUGUCCGUUCAGCUACCUUAUUCCAAUUUAGAGCAGUUUGAGGAAAUAAUGAAUUUUGAAAGACAAGUGGUUUCAGAUCUUCUUCGAUCAAUUCUCUGUGAUGUUGAGCCCAACAUGGGGAUUAAAUACGACAUAUAUCAUGUCCUUGCUCGCCUCAGGAACAAUAUUGACUUUUUUAUCAGCUCACGUCAUCGUUCUAAAUCAAGUGCCACCAUGACUAAGGAGCAGUUGAACUUCCUCCUCUUAAAUCUCCAUUGUCCAUCUGAGUUUGCUGGGAAGACUUUUCCAUUACUGACUCAAUAUGAGAUUAUUCAUAAAGUAUGUAACAACAUGAGAGAUUUCCUUGGAAUGAUAGUGAGUGGUUGCAUUGAGCACGAGAUUGUUGAAUAUGUCUUACCUCUAUUUCAAUUAAUGGCUGAGAGAGUAGGAUGCUUCCUAUGGAAUGAUCGAGUAAUUGAUGGAAACUCUCGAGCCUUCAAGCUAGCACAUCUACUCAUGAAGAUUAUUCCAAUUGAAUUGGAGGUGAUGCACACAUGCUAUACAAAUUUAAAAGCUUCAACUUCAGCAGAAGUUGGACGCUUCAUCAAGCUGCUCCCGGAAACCACUACAGACAUACUUAGAGAAUAUCUGAUUCAUCUACAAGAGCACAUGGUAACUGUUAACGCAAGCACUUCAGGGGCUCGAAAUAUUCAUGUCAUGAUAGAGUUCCUAUUAAUUAUUGUUACUGAUGUGCCCAAGGACUUUAUUCAUCAUGACAAAUUAUUUGAUCUUUUGGCACGUGUUGGAGAACUUACCACAAAGGUAUCAACUCUUGUUCGUCACUUAGAAGAAAAAUCAAGGAAUGAAGAGAGUAUUGAUGAAACAAGUCAUGCAAAUCUAGACUUGCUGGAAAAUAUUGAACUCCUCAUGGAAGAUCUCAAACAUGUUUAUUUGAAAGCCCCAGACUCAUCUUAGUGUUGCUUCCCUAUGAGUGAUGGACUGCUCUUGAUGCAUCUGCUACACAUACACUUAAAUGAUCUUCUAGAUUCCAAUUCUUAUUCAAUUGCAUUGAUAAAGAAAGAAAUUGGGCUGGUAAAGGAAGAACUAGAAUUCAUAAGAUCUUUCUUCGUGAACAUUGAUCAAGAACGGUAUAAAGAUCUCUGGACACGUGUUUUAGAUGUGGCAUAUGAGGCUAAAGAUGUCAUUGAUUCAAUUAUCAUUAGAGAUAAUGGGCUCUUACACCUUAUUUUCUCACUUCCCAUCACCAUGAAAAAGAUCAGGCUUAUCAAAGAAGAUGUCUCCCAAUUACCGGAGAAGAUUCACAAGAACAAGAGCCUCAUUGUUGUAAACUCUCCCAAGAAACCAGUGGAAGGAAAGUCACUGACAGCUGGUAAAAUAAUUGUAGGUUUUGAGGAAGAUACAGAUUGGAUAAUUAGUAAGCUCACCAGUGGACCGAAAGAUCUAGAUGUCAUUUCAAUCACUGGUAUGCCAGGUUCGGGCAAAACUACUUUGGCGUACAAAGUAUACAAUUAUAAGUCAGUUGCUAGACGUUUCGACAUUCAUGCAUGGUGCACAGUUGGCCAAGAAUAUGACAAAAGAAAGUUGUUGGAGAAAGUUUAUAAUCAAGUUACUGGCGCAGAUUCAAAAUUGAGUGAGAAUAUUGAUGUUGCUGAUGAGCUACGGAGACACCUGUUUGGAAAGAGGUAUCUUGUUGUCUUAGAUGACUUAUGGGAUACUGACACAUGGGAUAAGUUAAUAAGACCUUUUCCUCUAGUUGAGAAUGGAAGUAGAAUUAUUUUGACAUCUCGGGAAAUAGAAGUGGCUUUAUAUGGAAAGCGCAACACUGAUCCUCUUAAGCUUCGGUUGCUAAAAUCAGAAGAAAGUUGGGAGUUAUUAGAGAAAAGGGCAUUUGGCGAAAAGAUUUGCCCUGAUGAACUAUUGGAUGUUGGAAAAGAAAUAGCCAAAAAUUGUAAAGGGCUUCCUUUGGUGGCUGAUCUGAUCGCAGGAGUCAUUGCAGGAAGGGAAAAGAAAAAGUCUGUGUGGCUUGAAGUUCGGAAUAAUUUGAAUUCCUUUAUUUUGAACAGUGAAGUUGAAGUGAUGAAGGUUAUAGAAUUAAGUUAUGAUCAUUUACCACAUCAACUAAAGCCAUGCUUCCUUCACUUUGCAAGUAUCCCAAAGGACAAUGCAUCGCACAAACAUUUGUUGAAAAUGGAUUGGCUUAAUGAAGGACUUGUGGAACGGACAGAUAUGAAGAGUGUGGAAGAAGUGAUGGAGGUUUAUUUGGAUAAUUUAAUUUCCUGUAGCUUGGUAAUUUCUUUCAAUGAGAUAGGGUCUUCCCCUACUUGCCAACUUCAUGACCUUGUGCAUGAUUUUUGUUUAAUAAAAGCUAAAGAGGAAAAAUUGUUUGAGAGGAUUAUAUCAAGUGCUCCAUCAUCUUCUUCAGAUUUGAUGCCACGUAAAGUGACCGUUGAUUAUUACACUAAUGUCUUUGGGAUUCACAAUUUUGUGCCAUUCGGUUCAAAAAAGAAAAGGUGUUCCAGUAAACACCUCUAUUCUUUGAGGAUAACCGGAGACAAGCUGGACAACAGUCUUUCUGAUAUAUGUCACCUAAGAGACUUGAGGCUACUUAGAGUGUUGGAACUGUGUUCAAGCAUGGUGAAACAUUCUUUGCUGAAUGAAAUAUGCAUGUUGAAUCAUUUGAGGGCCUUACACAUUGUGACAGAAAUUAAAUAUCUGCCUUUGUCUUUUUCAAACCUCUCGAAUCUGGAAUCUCUGAUGGUGGAAAAUGAUAAAGAAGACAUGGUACUAUUACCGGGAAUUUGGGAUCUUGUAAAUUUAAGACUGCUGUCCAUGGAUUCUUGUUCUUUCCUUGAUAUGGAUACAGAAGAA